ACUUCUCUCUCCCAAUUACACACUCCACUCUCUCUUUCUCUCCCUCCACGAUGCCGCAAUUCUGCUGUAUCUGAAUUCCUCCUUCCUCUCCGCAGCUUAACCCUACGCAUAUAUUCAACUAACAGAGCAGAUCUGCUCCGAUCAAUUCUGCAACUCGCCGGAGAGGAAUGGCGGAGGUUUCCGGCAACAUUGUGGCGGCAUCGAUGCCGGAGACGCUCCGGGGGCCGGCAGCCGACAUAGCGGCGCAGAUGGGGCUGAUGUGGGAACUCAUCAAAGCGCCCCUCAUUGUCCCUCUGUUAAGGUUAUCCGUCUAUGUCUGCCUCGCCAUGUCGCUUAUGUUGUUCUUCGAGCGGCUUUACAUGGGGAUUGUGAUUAUUCUGGUUAAGAUUUUCUUUAAGAAACCGGAUAAACGGUACAAAUGGGAGGCAAUGCGCGACGAUUUGGAGUCCGGCAAUGCCUCGUACCCUAUGGUCCUCAUCCAAAUCCCCAUGUUCAACGAGAAAGAGGUUUACAAGAUCUCCAUUGGAGCUGCAUGUAACCUCUCCUGGCCGUCCGAUCGAAUUGUGAUUCAAGUCCUUGAUGAUUCCACUGAUCUUGUCAUUAAGGAUAUGAUUGAGAAAGAAUGCAUAAGAUGGGCGAGCAAGGGCGUGAACAUUAGGUACCAAAUUCGGGAGACUAGAGGUGGAUACAAGGCUGGAGCUCUAAAGGAUGGGUUAAAACACGAUUAUGUUAAAGAAUGUGAAUACGUGGCAAUUUUCGACGCCGAUUUUCGCCCCGAGCCCGAUUUUCUCCGCCGGGCAAUCCCGUUCUUGGUUCACAAUCCCAACAUUGCCCUCGUUCAAGCUCGUUGGCGUUUCGUGAAUUCUGAUGAGUGUUUGCUGACAAGAAUGCAAGAGAUGUCAUUGGACUACCAUUUUACAGUGGAGCAGGAAGUGGGUUCAUCAACUCAUGCAUUCUUUGGAUUCAAUGGGACUGGUGGUGUGUGGAGGAUUGGUGCCAUCAAUGAGGCUGGUGGGUGGAAAGACAGAACAACCGUUGAGGAUAUGGAUCUUGCUGUCCGAGCUAGUCUUAAGGGCUGGAAAUUCGUCUACCUCGGAGACCUCCAGGUUAAAAGCGAGCUACCUAGUACUUUCAAGGCCUUCCGUUUCCAGCAACAUCGCUGGUCUUGCGGUCCUGCCAAUUUGUUCAGAAAAAUGGUCAUGGAAAUCGUCAGAAACAAGAGAGUGAAUGUAUGGAAAAAGUUCUACGUGAUCUACAGCUUCUUCUUCGUUAGGAAAAUCAUAGCUCACAUGGUCACGUUCUUCUUCUACUGUGUCGUUCUUCCCUUGACCAUUUUGGUGCCCGAAGUCGAAGUCCCAAAGUGGGGAGCAAUUUACAUUCCAUGCAUCAUCACCACUCUCAACUCUGUUGGCACACCCAGGUCGAUUCAUUUGUUAUUUUACUGGAUUCUGUUCGAGAAUGUGAUGUCCUUCCACCGAACCAAGGCCACCUUCAUCGGGCUGCUUGAAUUCAGAAGAGCCAACGAGUGGGUUGUCACCGAAAAACUGGGAGAUGCUCUCAAGAACAAAUCAACCGCCAAACCCGUAGCCAGGAAGACAAAGUCAUUCUUCGGAGACAGGAUCCUGCCACAAGAGUUGGGGUUCGCCGUCUUCCUCUUCUUCUGCGGCUGCUACGAUUUCCUGUACGGGAAGAACCAGUACUUCAUAUACCUCUUCCUGCAAGUCAUAACCUUCACCAUUGCCGGAUUUGGCUACAUCGGCACCAUAGUCCCAUCCUAGUCGUCCAUCCCCAUAUAUGUCCCAGGAUGCAUGUUUUGUGGUCUCUACACAAAUGUAUGUACAUCAUAUAAGUGCGAUGAUCUGUUGAGGACAAACAUUGAAGGGAGGGGAAGACAGCUCAGCUGAGCUCCACAGAAAUGUAAGAUAAAGAAUUGGUCUUCUUGUGAGUUUAUUAUUAUACUACAGUCAGUCAGGGGAAGGAAGGUUGAAGGAAGAAGUUGCAGACAGAUUAGCUGAAAUUAUUGCAGACAGAUGGAUAGAAUAUUAUUGUGUUCUUUUAAACCUUUUAUUAGAGUGUUUUUGUUGUGUGAGAUUUAUGUCAAGUCAAUUGUUUGUUUAAUUUAGUUUUAUCAGGAAAAAAAAAACAUUUGUAAUUCAGGGUUUUUCACUCUACUAGCUCUA